AUGACAGCACGUUCAAUUUUACAAGUUUUCGAUCAGUAUCAAAAAGCUCGUCUACUUUUCGUGCAAUCUGUCGCUGAUUAUGCCUCUAGACCAAACAAUAUAGAAUGUUUAGAAGCUGCUGGAGUUUUAGACCUCUUACGUCCCUUACUCACAGAUCUUGUGCCUUCUAUUCAACAUAUGGCAGCUAUAGCAUUAGGAAAAAUAGCAAACAAUGACCAUAGGCUGGCUGAAGCUAUUAUAAGGAAAGAUAUCUUACCUCAAUUAUUGAAAAAUAUUGGUAAACAAAAUAAAUUUUAUAAGAAAGCAGCUUUGUUUGUUACUCGUGCAAUAGCAAAGCAUUCUCCUGAAUUAGCAUCUGUAAUAAUUCAAAGUAAUGGAUUGGAGAUCAUUAUACUUUGCUUAGAAGAUUUUGAUGCUGUUGUGAAGGAAGCUGCAGCUUGGGCAUUAGGAUACAUUGCAAGGCACAAUCAAAAUUUAGCUCAAGCUACAGUUGAUGCAGGUGCAGUUCCCCUUUUGGUUCUAUGUCUGCAAGAACCGGAAUUAUAUUUGAAACAAAUUGGUGCAUCUGCUCUUUGUGACAUAAGCAAACAUGAUAAAGAUCUUGCAGAAGUUGUUGUUGAUGCUGGAGCUGUUCCUUUUCUUGCAAAAGCAUUAUCUAAUCCUGAUGCUAAGCUAAAGCGUCAAGUCCUUUCUGCAUUGAGCAGUAUAGCAAAACACUCUGUACACCUGGCAGAAUCUAUCAUUGAAGCUGAGGUGUUUCCUGAUGUUCUUGUACAUAUGGCACAUCCUGAUGAAUGUGUUGUUAAAGCUGCAGCAACACUAACCAGAGAAAUUUGCAAGCAUACAAUAGAAAUGGCCCAGCUCAUUGUAAAUAUUGGUGGUCUCGGUGCACUUGUUGAAUUAAUUAAUACAUCAAAAUUAACAGCCAAAUUACCAGCAAUUAUGGCAAUUGGUUAUAUUGCUGGACACUCCGAUCAGUUAGCUAUUGCAGUUAUCGGAUCUAAUGGAGUUAUUCAAUUAGCUAAUGUAUUACACGAAGAAAAGGAUGAACAUACACUGGCAAUCACCACAUGGGCAAUUGGUCAAAUUGGUAAACACACACCAGAGCACGCAAAAGCAGUUGCAGCUGCAAAUAUUCUUCCAAAGCUACUACAACUUUAUAAUGAUCCAAGUAGCUCACAGGAUCUCAAACUGAAAUGUAAUGUAACACUAAAGCAAAUACUACAACGAUGCAUGUAUAUUGAAGCAUUGGAGACCUUACUACACGAUGCACCACCUAAUAUUUUGAAAUAUCUACUUGGACAAUUUAGUAAGAUUUUGCCCCAUGAUGCCAGGUCAAGAAGGUUAUUUGUUACAUCCGGUGGUUUAAAGAAAGUACAAGAGAUCCAAGCAGAACCUGGUUCAACACUUGCAGAAUAUAUACAAAUUAUCAAUUGCUGUUUUCCAGAAGAAAUUGUCAGAUAUUAUUCUCCUGGAUAUCCAGACAGUCUCUUGGAAGCGGUCGAAUUGUAUCAACCAAAGUGUCCAUCACUGUUUGAAAUGGAAAGACAUUUGUUCUCCGACACCGAUUCCAAAUCUACUCUGUCGUCUCAUCACGAGGAUGGUUAA